AUGCUCAGAUCUAUAGCUUUGUCACAUCUACUUCAAGUGCUGAUAUAUCUCAUUGUGCUCUUUGUGGAACCCUGCACAUCUGGCUCUCAGACAACAAACCCUGCCUGUCAGUUAAACAUAAUCAAAAUCUACGAGGAAUAUGAAUACAUUCGAGAAGGAGAUAUUAUGCUUGGAGGAGUAAUAGGAGUGAACUCAUUCAUGAUUAAUUACAUGCAGUGGAACGAAGGUUACAGCAGGAGGUUGUGUGUAGAGAUUCUUCCUCAGUAUUACAGACAUCUAAUGGAUUUUCGUUUAGCCAUUGACCUUAUUAACAAGGAUUCUUCAUUUUUUCCCAACUUGACUCUGGGAUACCACCUCUAUGAUUCCUGUGGGGAUGCAGCAAAAGCAGUGAGGAGUGUAUUACAGAUAUUAUCUGGUACUAGGGAGCCCGUUCCCAAUUACUCAUGUAGGGCAAAGAGAAACAUUGCUGGAUUUAUUGGGGAUCUCACCUCAGAGACAACUGUACCCAUAGCCCAGAUACUGAGUCUGUAUGGAUAUUCCCAGAUCAGCUCCGGUGCUACAGACACUUUCCUCAGUGACAGGGUCACUUUCCCAUACUUUUUCCGGACACUACAAAGUGAUCAUGGUCAUUAUUCCGUUUUAAGCAAAUUACUGAAACAGUUUGGAUGGACCUGGAUUGGAAUUAUAAGACUGGAUGAUUAUGGAGGAGAAAAAGAACAUCAACUGCUAACAAACUAUCUCUCAAGUGAUGGGAUAUGUGUUGAGUUCACCAUAAAGUUAAAGAGUCUUGAUGAUACUGCUGAAUCUGAAAAGGAAGGACAAAUUAGGAAAUUUAAGAACACAAUUGAAACAUCUUCAUCCAGUAUCAUUGUACUUUGUGGAACACUGUCUACAGGGGGAGUAGGGAUAUUAAAGACAUUUAAAGAGGAAUUCAAUAACAAGACAUUAGUUCUUUCCUAUACAAUAUCAUCUAAUUAUCACAUCAUAGAUUAUGCCCUAGACAUAUUUAAUGGAAGUUUGGGAAUGACACAGAGUCUACCAUUGGAAGAAAGUUCUGCCGUAAAACAGUUUUUAAAGAACAUUCAUCCUUCCAAAUUCCCAGAAGAUAAACUACUGGAAGAUAUCUGGAUGCAAUAUCAUUCAUGUAUGUCAAAGGACCAAAGCAAAAACGAUUUUUAUAAAAAUGUUUAUGAUAUGGAAUUUUAUAAUUGCACUGGAAAAGAAAGUAUUAGUAAAGUGCGGCACUUUGACAAUAUAUUACAUGUUCCCCAAGUGGCUUUUGCAGCCAAGAUAAUGGCUCGGGCAAUUCAAGAUAUGCAUAUGUCUUUUAAUCAGAAAAGUCCUGGGAAUAUAAACAAAUACAGAAACCAGUUGCAUCACUAUUUGAAAAAUCUCCAAUAUAAAAUCUUUAAUACAACUUUGUCUUUUGAUGAUAAUGGUGAGUUAACGAACAAGUAUUUAUUUUAUUACCUAACGAUAAAAUCUUAUAAAGAAUUAAUUAUAGCACAUGUUGGUUUAUUUACACCAUGGGAACAAUCACAUCAGAAAUUCAACAUCGAUACAAACUUAAGAUGGAGAACCAACAACAGUAAGAUCCCAGUAUCCCAGUGCUCAGACAACUGUGUCCCUGGCUUCAGGAAGGCACCAAGGUAUGGAGCUCCAAUCUGCUGCUAUACUUGUGUUCUGUGUUCUGAAGGAGAGAUAUCUUAUAAAGACAGUGAAAAUUGCUUCCCAUGCUCAGACAUGGAGUGGCCCAAUGAGAAGAGGAAUCAGUGUGUUGUAAAAAUGGAAUCAUUUCUCUCAUACACAAAUGAUGUGAUUUCUGUGUGUUUUUCAUCUAUCUCUGUUCUAUUUUUUAUUAUAACUCUGGCAAUACUGGGAAUGUUCAUCUCAUAUCAGGACACCCCCAUUGUGAGAGCCAACAACAAGAGCCUCAGCUUUCUCCUCCUUGUCUCCAUCAAGCUGAGCUUCCUCAGUGUGUUUCUGUUCCUCGGUCGCCCUGUGGAUAUAACCUGCAUGCUGCGCAUCAUCACUUUUGGAAUCACCUUCUCCAUAGCUGUCUCUUCUCUCCUGGCCAAGACUAUCAUUGUUUGCGUUGCUUUCAAAGCCACCAAGCCAGGGAGCUCAUGGAGAAAAUGGGUGGGAGUGAAACUGCCCAUAUCUGUAGUCUUGUUCUGCUCAUCCAUUCAAAUAAUAAUCUGCAUGACUUGGUUGGCCAUUUCUCCUCCCUUUCAGGAACUGGACAUUCACACUUACCCUGGAACCAUCAUCAUUCAGUGCAAUGAGGGCUCAGCUAUUGGCUUUUACUCAGUUAUUGGGUAUAUGGGGCUUCUGGCAGCUGUUAGUUUUGUUUUAGCAUUUUUAGCUCGGACAUUACCGGACACUUUUAAUGAGGCCAAGUACAUCACUUUCAGCAUGCUGCUCUUCUGCAGUGUUUGGAUCACAAUGAUCCCGGCCUAUCUGAGCACCAAAGGCAAAAACACUGUGUGUGUGGAGAUAUUUGCCAUACUCACCUCAAGUGCUGGACUUUUAGCCUGUAUAUUUCUGCCCAAAUGUUACAUUAUUUUAUUUAGACCUGAAAUGAACACAAAAUCAAAUUUAUUGGAAACAAGAUGUCAUAACCUUACAAAAAGCUUGUAA